AGAUAACAACCCGAUAAAGGAGGCGGAAGAAGAGCGUGUUGUUUGUUUAGGUUUUCGCAAAAUGGGGACUCUUUCCUCCUUUGUCUGUACUUUGGGACUCUUCGUCCUGCUGUCGCGCACAUCAGCAUCUCCCGAUGUGUUCGACAGCGUUUUGGGAAACACAGCAUCUUGCCAUAAAUCCUGUGAAAUGACAUACAGCUUGCACACGUAUCCACGGGAGGAGGAACUGUAUGCCUGUCAGAGGGGCUGCCGCCUGUUCUCCAUAUGUCAGUUUGUUCGCGACAGCGAAGACCUGAAUCAGACCAAGUCAGAGUGUGAAUCAACCUGUCGCGAAGCCUACACACGGUCUGACGAGCAGUAUGCGUGCAACCUGGGCUGCGAGAAUCAGCUUCCAUUCGCGGAGCGACGACAUGAGCAGUUGGAGGCCAUGAUGCCUAGGAUUCAUCUGCUCUACCCCCUGACGCUGGUCAGAGGAUUUUGGGAUGAUGUAAUGAGUCAGGCCCACAGCUUUAUCACCUCCACAUGGACAUUCUACCUCCAGGCUGAUGAUGGCAAAGUUGUCAUUUUCCAGACUGAACCACAGGUCAAGUUUUUCUCCCAGUUUGAACUGGACAAAGAAGUUAAAGAGGAGCCGCAGCAGAGCUUCGCCGGGUUGAGCAGCCCAGUCUACAAAGAAUACCAUCGCACUUUAAUACAGGAGAGGGACAGAGAUAUGACCAUGGACCGCAGCUAUGAUGACGAAUACAACCUCUUCAGCUGUCUCUCGAGGAACCCAUGGCUGCCAGGGUGGAUCCUAACCACAACUCUGAUCCUGUCGGUGUUGGUCCUGAUCUGGAUUUGCUGUGCCACUGUGGCAACCGCGGUAGACCAGUAUGUACCUGCUGAGAAAUUGAGCAUCUAUGGUGACAGGGACUACAUUAAGGAACAGAAACUGACUCCAUAUCCAGCAUCCUCCCUGCUGAUCAUCACCUCCAAAGGGCCAGAGGAAGAGGCCAGGCCGCUCCCUUCCAAAGUGAACCUGGGCCAGUCCGACAUCUAGAAGCCAAAGAUUUCGCAAAGGAGGGAGAACCUCCUUUUAUGCAUGAUCUUUAGGUUGAUUUUUAUCCUCUGGCACAGGACGCGUGCUCCUCGUGAUCUAAACAGGAGUAACUAAUUGCAGAAUAUUUUGUAUCACUAAUAUAAUGUCUCGUCUCCCUUUCAUGCUUUUAAAAUUGGAGCGAUGAAAAGGUGUUUUCUGUAUAUUGGUAUAAUGAGGCAUUAUAACAUAGUGAUGGCCGUACAAGUCAUAUAGAUUCUGGGCUUUUCUCCAAUUUUUACGUGUGCAUUAGCUUUCUGUUGGUGUACUUAUUUUAUUGAAUGUUUAAAUUAACGGUUUGUGAAAUGAACUGAUACAGGUUUCACCCAAACCCUCAACUUUUGGUAAAAUAGAUCGUGCUAAUGUUGCAGACCCUCCCUGUUUGUUCUCAUGUUUUUACUGCAGUAAUUUCCAGAUAUUGAAUUUUACAAUAAAAUUCUAUGCCCUUGAAAUUAAAUAAUAGUGAUGGUACAUGCAGUAGGUCUUUCCCGCUUCACUGUUCUGUUCUCAUAGCGAUGGAUGAGAAUUAAAUACAAUGGAGUGAAGUUGUUGACAUGGGUGUGACUUUUUUCAACCAUUAUAUACCUUAGCAAACUCUGGGGUCUAUCAGCAAAUGCCAAUUUUCAACAUAAUACUGUAGCUGUU